AUGGAAUCAAAAAUGUGCGGGGUUCGAGCUCCUGGUCAUGUUUACUCAGCAGUAUUGAAAAACUCACACGAUAAUGAUGUUACUGUCGAAGUUGAAUAUGCUGGUUCGGAUAUUAGUCACAGUGAAACAGCUACUUUUACUGUAGCUGCAGGAGGCUCACAAGCAGUUGAAGAAAAAACCGUGCAAACUGGUGAACAUGAACAACGAAAAUUCAUUCAUAAAUUAACCGUUAAAUUACAAGAUGGUACAACCCAAGAAUUAUCAAGUCCAUUCGAAGGUGUCACAUCACCAAAACACGAUUGGCAAUUUGAAGUUGACCAAAAUGGUUCACUUAAAUCAGGAUCACAAUAA